AUGAGUUUAGGAGUCAAAGGACCCGAUUAUGCCCUCAGGGAGGAUAAACCUACACCUCCAAUUGAAGGUGUGGCAGGGUAUGAUGACCUGAUGAAAACUUAUGAAAUAAAACUGGAAAAAUGGGAUAAUUCAAACCAUGUGGCUUUCGUGGUAAUGAAAACUUCAAUCUCCCCUGAUAUCAUCGGGGCAAUUCCUGUAAAGGACACUACUAAAGAAUUUCUUAAAGCAGUGGAAGACCAAUUCAAAAGUUCUGAAAAGGUCUAUUCUCGAGAGCUUUUGAGCAAACUUCUUGAGAAGUAUGUGAUUGAAGGUAAUGUGAGGGGUCACAUCUUGAGGAUGGCACUACCUCUCACAAUGGAGGUGGAGCCAAACCCUUUGCCAGUGCCUGAAGUUAGGGACUGGUCGGAGCUCCCAGUUGAUGCUCUUUCCUCCGGCAAGAUCCACGCAGGAAACUCGUUGAAGAGCAUUCGAAUGAUUGCCCCCCGAUACUUUUGGGAUGAUGAAUAUGUAGUUUCUAGGCUUGCAGCUAAAUGUCCAAUGCUAGAGGAGAUAGAGUACUCGCAUCAGAAGCAUUCAGCAUAUUUUUUCGAGCAGCUUGGCGCAGUUCACCCAGAGCUGAAACGCCUAAGAAUCCAUAUGCGAUGGUUUGACUCAGAUACGAUAGAGCGUGAGAUGAGGAUGGAAGAGCAACAUGACGAGGACGAAGUUGAGGAGGAGGAGCCUUAUGAGGCCUGGGAGGCGAGGCAUAAUGAGGGGGCCUUUGCCAUUGCAGCAAACUUGCAUGAGCUGCGACUCCUUCAGAUGGCAGGCGACAGCCUGACCAAAAAAGGGGUCUAUGCCAUUCUUGAGGGCUGCCCCCACCUUGAGUGCCUAGACCUCACUGAAUGCCACCACCUCAAAGUCGACGAUGAACUCCUAGUUCGCUGCGCCAAGAUCAGGCAUGUCUGGCUCCCUGGACGGCCUUGUGUUCACUGCCCAGACCUUUGUACCAUCGGGGAGACAGAAGGUGAAGUGAUCGAAAUGGAUGAUCUGUAUGAAAUGGAGGCUCCUUCUCUGCCUGAAGAGGCAGGAACGGAGUGUGGUGACUACGGUGACAACUACUGGGAAGACACGUCCUCGUCCCCCGAAUAUCCCCAUAUAUCCAACUUGAGCAAUGUGACCUGCGAUGACAACAGAAUCUUCACCGACUUCCACGUGGGCUAA